AUGCCUUCCCUCAACAUCACAGAGAUCGAUGAUAAAUCGUGGCAGCACGGUCAGGUAUUCAUCGACAGUGAGCGCCAAGUCCGAAUACACUACAUUGAUUGUCCGCCUGCUGGGGGCACUGAGAAGGGUGUCAUAUUACUCAUUCACGGCUACCCCAAUACUUCUUAUCAAUGGCGACAUGUUAUAACUCCUUUCGCCCAAAAGGGCUACAGAGUCAUUGUACCGGACUAUCGGGGUGCUGGAGACUCUUCACAUCCCAAAUCCGGCUACGACAAAGUCACCGUAGCCCACGAUCUGUAUGCAGUGGUGCAUGAUCACCUGGGUAUCAAAUCUCCUAUCCACGUUGUUGGGCAAGAUAUUGGUGGGAUGGUCGCUCACGCCUACGCCGCUACCCAUCCUGACCAUACCCGGUCAGUCAUGUUCGGUGAAUGUCCCUUACCAGGCAGCAAGCCCUACGAAUCCGGCUUCAAGAAUUCACCCGGCAUGUGGCACUUCACUUUCCAACAACAGCUCGAUCUCCCUGAAUUGCUCACCCAAGGCAAGGAGAGGAUAUACAUCAAACACUUCUACGACCGCCUGUGUUAUAACCCAUUCGGUAUCACGCCACGAGAUGUGGACCACUAUGCUGCCAGCUUCGCCCAACCUGGAGGCAUGAGGGCGGGGUUUGAACUCUACCGUGCCUUCCCACAGGACUCCAAAGAUAACGUUGCUAUGCUGGAAAAGGAUGGACAGUUAAGCAUGCCUGCCGCUGCUUUGUGUGGAGAGAUGAGCCUACUGCUGGAAGUGGCCGAGGAACAGGCCCGGCAAUUCUAUAAGCAUGUAGAGCUGGUAAAGAUCGAUCAGAGUGGCCACUGGACAGCCGAGGAGAGCCCUAAAGACUUUGUUAAAAAGGUAGUUGGCUUCGUCGAGAAGUAUAUCUAA